AUGACCGCUUUAAAUGUAGUUAUAUCACAACCAAAUCAUGGUCCUACACCUAAGAAAUCUCGAUGUGGCAAGAAAUGCUUUGUGGCAACAGUGGUAACUUUAUUUUUGUUCUUGAUAUUUGUGGCACUUCCUGGAGGCAUUUUGAUAAUUGUCCAUGGAAGAAGGGUGGAUAGUUUGGGAUGUAUCUUAGGGGGGACAGCCUUGGCUUCGACCCCAGCACUAGCCAUUGUCGUGGUGUGUAUCGGAUUUUUUAUUCGCAGAAGGCGAAGACGCUCUAGUGGAGCCUUAGCAUUAAAUCAUCGAAGGAUAUAAAUUCAUCAAAAGAAGUCAGCGAUGUGAUUCACAAUUUUUUAAAUGGUAUCACGUUAGCUUUAAGUUAUAUUUUGAAAUCGAUCAAAAAAUUCCAGGGAUUCGAAAUUUAUUAGUGAUCAUUAGAUAAAAAGAGACGUGAUGUCGGCAUCUCCAUGCUAGUCGAUUAUUGAUAGUUCGUCACGCUCUGGUCGUCACUUGAAACAGAUGUGAUGCGUAGCUGUACAUAGAUUAUCGAUAAUGCUCUGAUGUGAUGUAAUACGUCACGCUCUCUUAAUCACAUGCGACACAAGGAACAGAAUAUUGAUC